AUGGAAGUCAUGUGACGUCAUGCGGAUGGAAACUUGUGUCCGCUGGCGCUGAUUAGAGACCAAAAUCCAGAGAAAGAUGCACGAAGAGGAUGACAGCGCUGCCAAUCCCAGCAGGAAUUCGCGGAUCCUGGCGACCAAGUCUUUUGAUGUGGCCGACUGCGAUGGCACGAAGGAGCAAAAUCCCAAAUUAUGCGGCUACCUGAAUAAACUGACAGGGAAAGGGCCCCUGAGAGGCUUCAAAACGCGCUGGUUUGUGUUCGACCCCAGGAAAUGUUAUUUGUAUUACUUUAAGACUCCUCAAGACGCCCUUCCACUGGGGCACAUUGAGAUUGCCGAUGCUUGUUUCAACUAUGAUAUGGAGGUUGAAGAGGGGCUUUUUGAGAUCCACACCGAGGGGAAGGAGUUCCUCCUGAAGGCGCCCAACAGGCAGAUGAUGCAUUACUGGCUGCAGCAGUUACAGCAGAAACGAUGGGAGUUCUGCAACAUGUCAGGCCACAGAGACAGCUGGUGUUCCCCCACCCCGUUUCAUCCACAUACAGGCCUGGUGGCUAAAGAUGCAGAAGCAAUGUUCAACGAAAAGCCCAACGAGACCAUGGAAAGUGUUCGGAGUGACUUUGCUUUGGAGAUGGACAAUGAUGGGCUGGUCGGGCUCCAGUCGGCACGUAACCCGGUGGCACAACCUACCGCAGCUCUCAACUCCCUCCGACACUGGGGCUCUGAGCUCAGAAAUAGCAUGUCUCAUCUGCGGCCCAGCCGAGGAGGAGAGAACAGACGCAGUGUGUUUUACACAGCCAGCAGUGAGGACUGGGAGAUGGUGGAUCCUCCAGGAAAAGACACACCAGAGCACAAACCCCCACCAGACAGCCAGCGCCGGGAGAGCCCAUCUCACUUUCAAAGAUACUCCAUUGGCUCAGCGUUCACGUUUGAUUUCCGCAACCCAUCGAGAAUGAAACGGCCCUUUCACGUGGGCUCUGGCAAAGCCAACCGCAGCGCAGAGAGCUCGCCGGUUGAGUGUAAUGGGACCAAGACCUCCGAACUGCAGCUCCGCAUUCAGAGCCAGCAGGAAGAAAUCAACCGGUUGCAGGAGCAAGAGAACAACCUCAGAGAGGAACUCGCCAGUCAGAAGGAGUUGGUUCGUCUUCUCCAACAAACACUACGUAGUUCCCAAUGCAACUGGCGUUCCACAGUGCCUCCUGGGAACAUGGGAACUCAAAAUCAUAACCAAGAUGAGACCGAGGUGGACAAAGCCCUGGCAGAGAGGGACACCCAGAUCAAAGAUCUCUGUGGUCAUAUGGAGAGGCUAGCAUUGGAGAAGGAGAGUCUUCAACAGGAGUUGAAAGGUUUGAAGAUCAAAAUUGGCGAGAUAAAUGAACAGCUGGGCAUGCUCAUGGAGACCAUUCAGGCCAAGGACGAAGUCAUCAUGAAACUUUCCCAGCAAAGUGAUGAAGGAGAAACCCAGUCACCUGAAUGCCACUCACCUAGUGCAACUAGGGAACAACAAGAGUUGGUCACCCUGAAGGACAGUCUUCAGGGCUACAAAUCUCAAAAUAACUUCUUGAACAAAGAAAUUCUCGAGUUGACAGUCUUACGAAGAAAUGCUGAAUCUAGAGAGAAAGCGCUAGAGGCAAAGUACACCAGUUUGGAGGCCAAGCUGUGUCAGGUGGAAAGUAAGUACCUGGUUCUACUACAGGAAGUGAAGACUCCUGUGUGCUCCUCCUCAGAGCGGACCCAUAGUGGAGAGGUCAUCACCCGCUUACUAGAAGAUGCACUACAGGUGGAGAGCGCAGACCAGCAGGAGCACCCUAUCCUCAAACCCAACGCUGUCAGCGAGUAUGACAUUUUUGGCUUCAAAACUGUCCCUGAGGAGGAGGAUGAGGAGGAAAAACUUGAAGCAAAAAAGAGAGCGCUGGACCUGAAGUCCCUCUCCCUGACAGACCAGGAGACUUCAGUCAGAGUGAAGUGGGACAACUACCUGGCCAUCACCAUGAACAGAGAGAUGGUUCGAUCUCCAGAGCUGAAGGCACUGAUGAGAAACGGGGUGCCCCACAUCCACCGAUCCAAGGUGUGGAGCUGGUGCGUGAGCUUCCAUGUGAAGAAGUUUCGUGACUGCCAGCCAAAAGACUAUUACCAAAACCUUCUGUGCAUGGCAAACGAUAAACCCAACCCUGCCUGCAAGCAAAUAGAGCUUGAUCUCCUGAGGACGCUCCCUAACAACAAGCACUAUGCCUCUCCUGACUCAGAUGGCAUCCAGAAACUCAGGAACGUGCUACUGGCUUUCUCUUGGAGGAAUCCAGAUAUCGGCUACUGCCAAGGCCUCAACAGGCUGGCAGCUAUUGCUCUUCUGUAUUUGGACCAAGAAGAUGCUUUCUGGUGUCUCGUGGCCAUUGUGGAGGUUUUCAUGCCACGUGACUAUUACACCAAAACACUGCUAGGCUCACAGGUAGAUCAGCGUGUGUUUAAGGACCUGAUGUGUGAGAAGUUACCCAGGCUUCAUGCUCAUUUUGAGCACUAUAAGGUAGACUUCUCUCUCAUCACCUUCAACUGGUUCCUGGUUGUGUUUGUGGACAGCGUGGUCAGUGACAUCCUCUUCAAGAUCUGGGAUGCUUUUCUCUAUGAGGGACCCAAGAUAAUGUUCCGAUUUGCUCUUGCACUCUUCAAGUACAAAGAAGAGGAAUUUCUAAAGCUCCAGGAUCCCAUGACCAUUUUCAAGUACCUUCGGUACUUUACACGUACCAUCUUGGAUGCAAGGAAGUUGAUGAGCAUGGCCUUUGUGGAUAUGAACCCAUUCCCACUGAGGCAGAUCCAGAACCGCCGCACAUUCCACCUGGAGAAGGUCCGUCUGGAGCUCACCGAGCUGGAAGCCAUCCGCCAGACUUUCCUGCGGGAGCGAGACACCACCCUGGAUGGCCGCACACUCAUCAGUGACGACGAGGAAGACAGCUGAACCACAGCUAAUAAGGGAACAGACCUGAAAAGCAUUAGCCAAUCACAAUGUGUCUUAUUUUCAAUGUAUUUUAUUCAACAAACUGUGACUUCAAGAGACCAAAGAACAGUAUUCCUUUUGAUUAAUCAAAAUUGGAUGCCUUUUUCAUUGUCUUUUAAUUGCUUGACCAACAUUUCUUCCAUUUGUACAUAUUGACCAAAAUCAGUAUUAAAGUAACUAUUUAGGUAGUAAUGAUUGUGCUGGUGCAAGUGUCAGAAUUCUGAUUCGCUUGCAUUAUGCUGGACAUAUUACCAAACACAAACAUUUGUUUUUGUUUUUUUUCUCUUUCAGUCGCACUUAUUAAACCGUAUCAUUUGUUUACAUACUAUUGGUAAUCAUGUCAACACAUAUUAUACUGUAUGAUAAUUUGAUAUAAAUCAAAUUCAGGUUUAUAAGACUUGCCCUCUUUCUAAACAUUCGGUACUGUUCAUUCACAUUUGAGUCAUUUAAAGGGUUAGUUCACCCAAAAAUAAAAAUUCUGCACCCUCAUGUCAUUCCACACCCGUAAGACCUUCUUUCAUCUUCGAAACACAAAUUAAGAUAUUUUUGAUCAAAUCCGAUGGCUCAGUGAGGCCUGCAUUGACAGCAACACAAUUAACACUUUCAGAUGCCCAGAAAGCUUCUAAAGACAUAUUUAAAACAGUUCAUGUGACUACAGUCGUUCAACCUUAAUGUUAUGAAGCAACGAGAAUACUUUUUGUGUGCCAAAAAAACUAAAUAAUGACUUUAUUCAACAAUAUCUGGUGAUGGGCGAUUUCAAAACACUGCUUCAUGAAGCUUCGAAGCUUUACGAAUCUUUUGUUUUGAAUCAGUGGUUCGGAGCGUGUAUCAAACUGCCAAAGUCACGCCCCCCAGUGGUGAACCAUUGACAUUUCCAAAAACUUAUGACAUAACAAAGCCUCAUUUACUGAAAUCAUGUGAUUUUCAUGCUCCGAACCACUGAUUCGAAACAAAAGAUUCGUAAAGCUUUGAAUGAAGCAGUGUUUUGAAAUCACCCAUUACUAGAUAUUGUUGAAUAAAGUCAUUAUUUAUUUUUUUUGGCGCACAAAAAGUAUUCUCGUUGCUUCAUAACAUUAAGGUUAAACUACUGUAGUCACAUGAACUGUUUUAAAUAUGUCUUUAGUAGCUUUCUGGGCAUCUGGAAGUGUUAAUUAUCUUGCUGGCAAUGGAGGCCUCACUGAGCCAUCUGAUUAUAUCAAAAAUAUCUUAAUUUGUGUUCUGAAGAUGAACGAAGGUCUUACAGGUGUAGAACGACAUGAGGGUGAGUAAUUAAUGACAUAAUUUUUAUUUUUGGGUGAUCUAACCCUUUAAUAACCUCCACUUAAUUCACUGUCCAAUCGAGGCAUUGAAAAGUGCACAUACGAGGCGAGCACAAUAAUGAACAUUUCACAAGAUAGAUCUUCCUGUCUGCUCAUUGCCAAACCAAAUAUCUCAGAAUUACAUGUUAAAGUGUUUCACAAGUAUCAGCUCUUGUGUGUUUAGGUUCUAGAAGCACAAUGCACAUUUCCUGCAGUCUCGUUGGUACUUUAAUUGUUUAGAUACAUUUGUUACAUGUAUGUUUCCUUUGUUUCUGUCCUCUUCUCUUCAUGUUUAAGUAUUCCAACAAUAAUUUAAUGUUGUUAUAGUUAUCAUUUUAGUCUAAAGUCCACAAAAAAGCUGCUUAAAAUGAAGAUAAUAUGGAAAAUGUGAACUAGUAUUUUUGUUUUUGUCAAAAGUUUCAAAUAUACGUGCUGAAAUUCACUUAAAAUCGAAAAUGUAAUAAUAAGAAUCCAUAAGGGCCUGUAUAAUGAGGGAAUGUUAUUAGUAUCACUUUUCUUGACUUCAAAGCCAAAAUGUACAUGGAAAGUUAUCUUUUUUCACACACGUAUGCUUCGAAAAACUUUUAAAUAUCAGUGCAUGUUCGUCUACUUCACAUUUAGUGUGGUUAAUCUCUUUUCUAUGCCAUUGCAUUAUGAUAUAAUACGCAUAUUAUACAUUUUAACACCUGCUGGUUUGACUGCAAAUGACGAACAAAGAUGUAAAACUGGUGGUCUGGUUUGGUUUACUUUGAGAGCUGGUCUCUCAUAAUAAACAAGGUUUUACAUGUAGGACGUAGAUUUUGUCAUCCACACUGCCCUUAUAAAGAAAAUUAGUUCUUCUUUAUGUUAUUUUAAGACAGUCUAAUCCCUCAUUUACAUAUUUCUUCUUUAUAUACAUUGUUGGGAGAUUCAUUGUUUCUGAAUUUUUUUCAUAUUACCCAUGUUAUUUAGCCAUCAAGUAUGUUAUGUGAGCUGUACGUGUUCAGUGAGUAAGCUAUGAUUUCAAACCGUCUUUGUUGCUGUUGCACAGGCCUUUAUGAGUAUACAAAAUUAUUGAAUUCUUAAGAAAUGUUACUGAAACUUGCGUCACUAUAAUCAUCCAGUUCUGUUUUUUUUUUUGUUUUUUUUUACUUAUGCAUGAUUAUACAAUAAAUUUCUAUUGCAUACAA